AUCUUCAUCCCGGCCAGCUGCUUUCACAUCCGGGCGGAUCGCUCGCUGUUCUUUGCAAUCUGCUUCCCUUCCCUCUGCUGUCGUCCGGGGAGGUCCGAAGCUGCAGAAGAAACCCCGAACCCCGGGUUACUUCGUCGGUCUCUGGUUUCGGGGCUCUGGGGCGCUGAUUUUCCCGCCCAACCGGUAGCACAUGACGCGGGCUACGCCGAUGGUGGUGCACGGCGCGGAGCGCUCCCCGUCGGUGCGACAUCCCUGCGGUGAAGUAGCAUCGCUGGCUAACUGUAGCUAACAACAUCGAUCGCUCCACUGCUCCACCUCCUCUUUUCCUGCUCGACCGCCGAUACCGCUCCAUCACACUACAGCAACAGUUGAUUGAUAGCACCACCGACGACAAACCCUGACCACGACCUCCUGUUGACUUACACAGGAAGCCCACCCCCCUUGCUCCAUUAGCGGAUUGACGUGAUUGAGUUUCUUUUGAUCAACAACCUCCUGUCUUGGCGUUUAAGAGUCUGUUCUUUCUCUACCUCAAUACUCCGAUGACCCGUGUGUAACCUCAACUGCCCUGUCAACCCCAUCCUGAUUUCCCCUCCCCCUUUGAAUCAAUCCGGUACCUACUCUGCUGCUAAAGAGUGCAGGUGUUCGAGCACUGGCUGCUAGGAUUUCUGUCCGACAUCUCAUGUGUUCUUCCUCCAGUUCCCAUAUUUUCACUGCAGCUCUUUAGGGAAACUAGCUGGCUGGUCUGCUACACUUGAAACCCACACAAAUCCAGUUUCCGCCCCAUCUCUUCAACCUCAUCGAUUAUUUCUGCGACCUCCAUUCUCCAGCAGACCCUCACCCCCAACGCUCCAAAGCGCCCGAGCAUCGGGUCUCGCCAUGCCGGGUCCGGUGGCCGGUAGCAAAUCUCGUGUGUACGCAGAUGUCAACACGCUGAAGAGUCGGGAGUACUGGGACUACGAAGCCCACGUACCGAACUGGAAGUGAGGGUUAUUCACGCUAAGAUGCUCUUGAUGAACUCAUGCGAGCUGCAGAAAACAAUUGGAGAUGUAGUUUGUUGGAGGAAUGAUUUCAGAUGGGUGCCUUUUACAUUCAUUAAGAAGAUGUGAAUAUGAUAUAUGAUGGACCCAUGGUCCCCAUGGAGCUUAGGUUUCCUUGCCCCACCUCCAUUUCUGUUCCAAUUUUAGCUUUCCAUGUCUUUUUUUUUAAUUGGCAGCUUUAUCUUAGUGUAAGCAUGUUGAUGGUAAAAAAUAUUUUACCCUGUCAUUCUCACAAGGUUACACAAUCUCUGCUCUUAUUACUCUGUUCCUAUAGCAACCAGGAGGACUACCAGCUGGUUCGUAAGCUGGGCAGGGGGAAAUACAGCGAAGUCUUUGAAGCAAUCAACAUUACCAACAAUGAGAAGGUGGUUGUCAAGAUCCUAAAGGUGAGCACGUUCUUGGCAUUGAGCUUGCUAGAUAUCCUGGGUGUAUGCAUGCUGGGGGACCUCCAUUUUGAUAAGUGAUUUGAUGCUUGUAGCAUGGAAAUGAGAAUCCCUAUUUGUUAAAGUUCUCCAAGACGUAACCUGGAUAUCAUUUGGCAAUACCUGUUUGCAUUUUUGACCAAAAAGAAACCAUUUCAGCGUCAAAGGCUCUUGAUCACACUGUGUUGUAGCGAUGUAAUACAUAUAUAUGUAAAUAUAUCACAAUUCAGCAGGAAAUGUCCAUAUCUUUAAAUCUUGAUUGAAUGCUUAGAUGAAUUAAUAAAUGCAAUAAUGAAAUAUAGCAAUAUUUGAACAAAUUUGUACAUGAUUUUCACCCAUGUCCAUUCAUUAGUAUCAAGUUCACAGUUUAAUACUUAUAAUACACAUGAGUGUGACUGAUCAGCUGCAUCACUUUUGCCUUGAUAUAUAUACUGUAUAUAUAUAUAUAUAUAUAUAUUUAUAUAUAUGUGUGUAUAUGUGUAUAUAUAUAUUUAUAUAUACACACAAAUAUAUAUGUGUGUGUGUGUGUUAUAUAAACUACAGAAUCUUGUGAAAAAUCACUUAUUUACAUUUACAUGUGAUUUAUCACAAGAUUUAUCUACGGAACCAGUAGGAUCUCUUUUUAAAUCUCCCAUCGUGAGUGGAAAACCUUUUUGGCCAUUUAUCGGAUCCCCAUCCUUUCUUUUACAUCUUUGAAAUUGGUACAAAGACUGAUACUGACAAAUUUGGCAAAAGCAUUGCUAACAAGAUUGCUAAUGGUACACAACCAAAAGUUGAGUGCAAGUCUGGAGUGAUUCUUUGUUUUUUUUUGUUUUUUUUCCCCGUCUUUGCUCUGUGGCAUCGUUGGUUUUUCCUGUGGAUUCAGCCAGUCAAGAAGAAAAAGAUCAAGCGAGAAAUCAAGAUCCUGGAAAACCUCAGAGGCGGGACCAACAUUAUACGACUGGUGGACACAGUCAAAGACCCAGUGGUAGGCUGGCUAAUACUGUAUGUCCCGUGAAGCAGAAAUACUCACAUUUACUCACAUGACAAGCUUAUGUCCCCUAAACCUAACAAUGUAAAUAUAUGAACGUAAGACAGUGUCACAGAGUCAUAUUACAAUAGCAGUAUGUAGCAUUUUGGGGUGUUGUGAUUUGAUAUUUAUAUACCCCCCCAUCUCUUUGCCUCUCUACAGUCCAGAACUCCUGCUCUUGUCUUUGAAUGCAUCAAUAAUACAGACUUCAAGGUAAGAUAUUCACCUCUUCUGCAUGUUACGGGGGUCUUUGAGGUUGUAAUGAAUGUUUUUGGGUUGACUUGACCUAGCUACCUGUUAUUCCUCAUGAGUAAUAUUUAAAGGCUUUUGAACUAAUUCUGAAAACAAAUUAAGUUUAAUUUCCUGUAUAAAUAUGUUAUUUCCUGCAGGAGUUGUACCAGAAGUUGACAGAUUAUGAUAUCCGUUUCUAUAUGUAUGAACUACUGAAGGUGAGAGUCACAGUCCUUGUAGUAGAGUUUUUCAUUUUGAAAAGUUAGUUUUGAUGAGUGUACUUUUUUUGUCUUAGCUGUUAUUGUUAAAAAGAUUUUGUUAGUCUGUAUUUCAGCGUUUAUAUCUCAUAUCUGCGCUUAUCCUUGUGUCUGCCAGGCUCUGGACUACUGUCAUAGCAUGGGGAUUAUGCACCGUGAUGUAAAACCCCACAACGUUAUGAUCGACCACCAGUUGAGAAAGGUUGGUGUUGCCCUCUGUCCUUCACACUCUUAAAGCCACUAUUUUGCCUGAAAGCUCCCUUUUUUAUUCUUUGGCUUUCUGCAUCAUUUUACUGUCUGUUUUUCAGUUUGUCCUGCUUUUGUAGUGGAUUUUAUAUAAGGUUGAUGAUGUGUGGUGGUAGUCUUGGUAAUGUGUUUUACAAUAAUUGGAGCAAAAUUUUAUAUCAGUCAAAUACAUAUGCUCUGUUGUUGCUUUAACAUUGAGAGUGCAGCAUUACAACAGGUCUGUAAAUGCUUUGUAAAAUUCACAGUUAAAUAUUUACCUUGGUUGUCAUGACAUGUCUUAAUACUUUUUCAACAGUUCAUAUUUCAAUAACUUUGACUUAAAGACAUUUAAGAAUAUUGACACACGUAUUCACCAACAGACAAGUGGAAAUUACCCUCAUAAAGCAAAAUAGGAAAAGACAAAAAAACUAAAUACGAUGUUUUUUUCAGCCAGCAUUUGAAUGGCAUGUGAGUUUCAGGGUAUUGAUAAGAAAGGUAUUGACUAAAACUGUGUGUUAAAAAAUGAAAUUAAUGGGGCACGCAGAUGGCCGAGUGGGUUAGUGCGCCCCAUGUAUGGGGACCACGGUCCCCGCAGCGAUCGCAGGCUCAAGUCCAGCCCCGUGUGCUGCAUGUCCACCUCCUCUCACUCUAUCUCUCCACAUUUCACCAUGUACUAUCAAUAAAAGGCAAAAUUGCCCAGAAAACUGCUUUAAAAAAAUUGAAAAUGGACAGUAUCCAUUAAAACUAAAGAUACAAAACUUCCUUAACAGAUCAUAACUAAGUUUAGCCACGGCACUAACCCAGGCCUUAGAUUGAUGAUUAUUACAUCAGCUAAGAACACAUGUUGUACACUGAAGUGGUGAGACUAUCACCUUCCAAAUUAGUACCCUGAUUAAUUAAUGGUUCUAUAACAAUACUACCGGUCUCUUUUAAAGCUUCAUCAGCUGUUACUUGUUCAAUGUUGUGCAAGUCUGCUUGCAACUUUCCCUUAAGCAUCGCUGAAUGUCAGUGUUACCAAAUGGGCGUCUGCGUCCUGACGGUGAUAUUAUCAGGACUUUCUUGAGUACAGAAUCGUGAACUGUUGGCUUGGAUAUUAAAGAGCUACUACUUUACAUCCCCAGUCUUGUCAUGCUGCUCUUUGCCGGCAUCACCAGUGAUUUAGCCCAUAAACUUAGCUUUGCUGUAGUUUAACCAUUAGCUGUGGAAUGAUAAAAAACUUCAGUCAGCAUUUAAAAGCUAAUUAAUGGAACAAAAAAAUCUUAACAAAAAACAAACAGGGACACCACUUAAACUAACGGGUUAAAUUGUGCGCCCCAUGCACAGAGAUUAUAGUUACUGGUCGUGUACAGCACAGGUAAAGAUUUAGGCAUGGGCUAGCAGGCUUACAUAUUUGAAUAAACCAAAUUAUAUAUUAGGGUACACGGUGCUCACAAUACCAUUGAUUGUUUCUAACCCAGGGUUGUAUUAGGUUAUGGCUUAGCAUGCUAUUCAGUAACACACUCUCACAUACUCAUUUGAAACAGAAAGAAACUGAACAGUUAUUUGUUUUCCCAGCUACGCCUAAUAGACUGGGGUUUGGCAGAGUUUUAUCAUCCAUCCCAGGAGUACAAUGUUCGAGUGGCAUCACGAUACUUCAAAGGCCCAGAACUCCUGGUGGACUACCAGGUAACAUGCACCAUUGAAAUUAGUCUUUUUUUUUUGUACCCUUUUCUCAUGGAAAAUGUCAAAAGAAUUCUGUUGCCUGUAUUCUCAACAUUGUAAACAUGUGUGAUGAUUUUGUGUUUCAGUUGUAUGAUUACAGUCUAGAUAUGUGGAGCUUGGGCUGUAUGCUCGCCAGUAUGAUUUUUCAGAAAGAGCCCUUCUUCCAUGGCCAAGACAACUAUGACCAGGUACUUCCAACACACAUGCAACCAUUCUGAAUAAUGAACAAUGACAGCACAAUCGGUUAAAGACGGUUUAAGAUCAGGGGUUGAAAGUUUAACUCCAGUACUCAAGAUGAAGAUGAAUCAAUAUUUACUCAAAUAUAAAACAAAACCAACUUCAGGUAAAAAAAUAAAGAAAAAGAAAAGUAUUCUAUGGCCUUUAAAUCAUUUCAACCCUGUAUUUAAUAAUACCCUGUAUUUAAUGGUAAUGACAAUAAUAAUGAUAAUAAUAAUAAUAAUAAUAAUAAUAAUAAUAAUGGGGAUGAUAAUAAUGAAAAUGUUAUUGAUAAUAAUGGUAAAAUGAUAAUGAAAAUAAUGAUCAUAAUAACAAAAUAAUUAGAAUAAUAUUGAUAGUCAUAAUUAUGUUCAUAAUGAUAAUUUUAAUAAUAAUGAUAAUAACUAAACUGAUAAUAAUAAUUAUCAAUGUUGAUUUUAAUAUUAAUGAAAUUAAUAAUGAUAAUAAUGAUGAUGAUGAUAAUAAUCAAAAAGAAAAAUAUAUACAUAUAUUAUUAUCAAUAUUAUUAUUAUUAUAAAUAACAAUGAUCAUAAUAAUAACAACAGCAAUAAUUAUAAUCAUAAUAAUAAUAAUAAUAAUAAUAAUAAUAAUAAUAAUAAUAAUAAUAAUAAUAAUAAUAAACAGUAAGUAUUAAUAAGUAGUAUGGAUAAUAAUAAUAAUAAUAAUACUAACAACAAUAAUAAUGAUGAUGAUAAUAGAAAUAAUGAUAAUAAUAAUAAUCAUCAUCAUCAUCGUACUACUUCUACUACUACUACAACACCUUAUUUAUAUUGCCCCGUUCCAUAUCAGUUGAAUGUGGAGCCAGUGCAGAUUUUAUAUGAGGAGUGUGAUGGUUAACCUGUUGAAUUGUAUUGUUGUAUUGCAUGAAGUGUCUAUAGUGUUGUUGCUGGUUAUUGUAUUGCGUGAACAUUGGUGUUCUUCUCUGCAUCAUGUUUGUUCACCUGACUGUCAGGUGGCAGACUUUAUCAAAUCAGGUGGCAUCUAUGCAGCUGAUGAAAAAUCCUGUGUCCUAUAUAUCUUCUCUUUUUUUCCCUGAGUAGAUCUAGGAACCCCAUAGAUUUUACAAUAAGGAUUUUUAUUAUCUCCUCAGUUUUAUUUGUAAUACUUGAAUUAUUAAACUAAUCCUUGUGUGACAAAGAUUCAUUCAUGUUUAAAAUUGGCUGACCGAGUUUUAACCAUGAUGUUUUGUGUUUUUUAGCUGGUGCGUAUUGCCAAGGUCCUGGGGACAGAUGAGUUAUUUGGAUAUCUGCGUAAAUACCACAUUGAACUUGACCCACGCUUCAAGGACCUACUGGGACAGUAAGUCCGCCCUGAGUGUGGGAGUCCUAUUCACUUAUUGUGAAGUACAUUGCAGUGAUAUCAGAGCCUGAGUGAAGUGUAGAAGCCAAAACAGAAUACAGAGGACAAAUCUACAGUAUGGGCCACCAGAGUGACACAGUACAGAGCCAGGGUACAGGAAGAGCACCCCACCUGCUUAAGUCCAUCAGGAAGGGGCAAAAACUACCAAUGCUACUGUUGUAUUCAUGUGUUAGUCCCUUUAUCCCGAAACUUAAACUUCACCGCAGUGGUGAGAAAUCUUUUUACAAGGACUAUAGAUAAAGAUCAUUGACAGUAACUGUUCAUCAAGGCAGUCCCGAUGAGGACUAACCCAGUUCUCAGCCCACCUUUUCCACACCAGUCCCAGCUGUAGCCCCUCUCAGGUACUGUGCUGUGAAGGUAAUUUAACAAAAAUAAACAGAAGAUUUUAUUGUCAUUGCACAUGUCACAAGUACAGAACAACAAAAUUGCAUUUCAGUUCAACCCGUCCAAGAAACAUAAAAAAGACAGAUACAUACAGAGAGGGACAGGAACAGGUGAACUGUUGGGUCGCCACAAGAGCGGUGCCCCGUUUUCUUAGAUGAGAAAAAAGGAGCACAAGAGGGAGGAAAAGGGGGGAAAAGGCAACUCCAAACUCUGCUCUUGUAGGGGGGCACAGUGAGGGAUUAGUGGAAAAAAAACAAAACACCUCAGCACAUAAGUAACAUGAUAAAAAAACAUUACAAACAUUAAAACUCAAGAACUUGCACAUGUUGUAGGGGGGCAAGUGUCAGGGAGGGAGGACAGCACAGCACAGACACUGGUGGGCCAAGAAGGAGUUAAGUUGUGUUAUGUGUGUUCUUCAUGUAUGUGUGGGCCUGUGGCUUCAUUGCCACUUCAGUCCCACCCAUUUCUUCCUGCCGUCUGAUAACUGAAGACGACCUUGGAGAGUUCUGAUCCAGAAACAAAGUUCACACGGGGGGUGGGGGCUGGAGGACAGGGCUGGGCAUCUGUCUCCAAAACAUCCAGUAGAGGAGACAUAACAACCUUCCAAGGCCGCCGUGGGGGAUCCAAUGAAGAUAAUUGAUUUUGGGACAGACAGACUUAAUUUUCCAUCUACCUUCAGUCUCUCUGGUCUCUGAUGGCGUUGACCCAAACGUCCAAAUUUGGUGGCCAAGUCAGCGGAGCCGGGCUGUCAGCUUCUCCAAGGUGGCAUCCAUUGUGCGAAAGCGUCCAUCAAUCACAACCAGCCUGUGAUUAAGCUCGCUUGAGUCUGAGUGUUGACAGCCCUGCACAUUCCCUCAGUCAUAACAGGCAGCUUCCCAAUUUCCUUAAGUGCUGCCAAUGUCUUCCAAACUUUUUGAUAGAUCAGGAAACUGCUAACUCCAAACAGCAGAAAGCCUGUUAUCAUGAUUCCAUUUAUGUAGACGUCGUCAACAUCCCCAACAGAAAGAAUCGACAGGCACACAACGCUCCACUCCUCUCAGGAGUCCAUGGUGUAUCCGGCUGCAAAUGUUCGGUUAGGGCAGGCAGGUUCUCCUUUACCCAGUGUUCUCAAAUUUGGUUGGUUGUGUUGAGAGACCAGCUGAUCGAACCCACGAUUUUAGGUUUUGGAGAGAAAUGCAGAGAGAGGCUGCAGUAGUUCUGACAGAGACAGCACAAGACUAAAAGCAGCAAGCAGGGCAGAUAAAGGUAGGGAGGGAGCAAUAGGGAAAAGCAUCCGCCUCCGUUGAGAGCAGGUGUUAAAAAAAAUAAAAAAUCUACCUCUCAGUUGUUUGGACCUUGUAUUAUUUGCAUCCACUUUACAGAGGCAGUGCUGUUUUUCUCUUCACUGAAUUCUUUCAACUUUCAACAGAACAGAAACAUCCAUACUGUGGAGCAUGUUAUGUUGGUAUCAGAGAUCAGUUUGUAGAAAAGUAAAAGGUCUACUGAUCAAUUAGUUCUCUUGAUCACAGAACUCUGUGAUUUGGGCAACAAAGGAGCAAAGUAGAGGGACUGGCUGAAUACUUAAACAUGUAUAUCAAACAGCUGAUAUCAUUGUGCUUUACUGAUAUCCUACAGCUGGAGCUGAAAAAACAUGGAGGUCUAUGAUGAAUAUCAUCUUCAAAGACUUUGGGGCUGUAGGUGAAACAUUAAAUCUAAACUCUCAUUCAGGUAUCUCUUUGGCAAAGUAACUGAAGACUAUAAAAUGGCACUAUUAUAGUUACAGCCAUCAUGCACUAAUAAUGAAUAAUUACAAAUGAAAUUUUUAGCCUUGAUAUGCAGUAUGGAUUCACUGUAAUCAAUAUUAAUUUUACUGCAAGCUUUUCUGGAUUGAUCUUAGUCUGGAUUAUGUGACAGUCUGCAGACAGCAGACUUGCUUAUAUUUGUACUUGGACAUAAACUGCUGUCCAUUUCUUGUGAAUGCUCUGACUUCUCAAUGAGAUGACCAGCUUACGUAAAGCUGCCUAGCAUGGUCAGUGAAGCCAGAUAACCAAAAGAUAUCAAGAUAUGCUGAAGUCCAUAGUACAGGCCCCCAGGAUAAAGAAUAUAAACUAAAGAGGGAUCAACAAGACAAAAUGAAACAUCCUUUAAUUGUCAGUCAUCAGCAACUCCUCUGUUACUUCCGCUCACAGCCCAGGGUCUUAUUUAAGAAACAGUAUUUACAGUUCUUACUGAAACUGUGUGUAUACCAUAGAAAUAGAAAGAUGUGUCAAUGAAGUACUGUGCACCAAAAAGAAACUCUGAUUUAUAAAAGUAGCACAUGCAUUUUCACACAGCACUCCCUUUAUAAAUCCCAAUCCACCAGGGACUAUGCACAUAUGGUUCAGCCUCACAUUCUGCUAUUACUUUACACCAUGGAUUGUCCCCUUAUACGUACACAUGAGCCUCAGGUCAGAGCUUCUUAUGCUAGACACCAGUGAGAAAGAGAGGAAAUCGAAAGUGUUUGUGAUUGAAAUAGAAUUGAUUGAAAUAGCCUUUGAUAAUAAUAAAUAUGUGAUAUUUGUGUGAGAGCCACUAAUGUUUCACACUUGGCUCACUAGUAUCAUAAAUUUUAUGGGUGAUGAAGACGACAGAGUGUGUAAAGCAGCUGUCUUUAUAUCUUCUGAUGUUACUUCUGAUUCUGUGACCUGACAGUAAAGUUAAGAUGCAGUCCAGUUUCCUCCUGGAUUCCUUGGAGGAACGGAAAGGUGAGAAAAAGAUGGUCAAAUAUUUGGCUCUCUACAAUUACAUGAGCCAGUAAAAUCUGCAGAUUUAGUGAUGAUGAUGAUUGGAGUUUGUUGAGUUAGGGAUAUUGAAUGUAAUAAAAUUUGCAGAAGACAAAAUACAACCUGACUUCAACUCAUGUUCUCACCAUCUGUGUUGCAGAUAGUUACAAAGUAGUUACUUCUCAGAUUUUCAUUUUCUAGCUUACCCUUACCUGUGACCUACUUUACUAAAUACAGCACCAUUUUCUUAGUUACAACCAAUAAUCCAAUACAAGAACUUUGUCGCCAAAAGGAAACUGCAGGUAAACCAAGUUCUGAUCUGGUGUGUCAGUGGCUCUGUAAGCUUCUUUGAUAGUGGCAUGCAGCAGAUCCAGGGUUUUGUUUUCUCUGGUAGGACAGUUCACAAACUGUAAAAUCAGUCAGGUGAGGGGAGAGGGUGACAUGGUUGAAGUCUGGUAUCAUUACAAGUGCCUCAGGAUGUUGAGUCUGUAUCCUAGCAACAGUAUCAUGCAGGGUAUCACACAGAGCUUCAGCUGUUGCCUUGGGUGUGAUGUAUACAAGUAUUGUUAUGAUAUGAGAGAUAUAAGUGAGGCAGUUUGAAGUUCACUUUACAGACUUGUAUUUUGCUGUCAUAACGGAAAUAAAAUUGUAAAUGGAACAAGUACAAUGAGCCAUUACGGAAAUGUCACAGGUGUUUGUGAGAGCACUCACAUUAGAUGUCUUUGGUUGUCCUUUUUGUGACUACAGACAGAGCAGAAAGCGCUGGGAACAGUUUGUGCAGACUGAAAACCAGCACUUGGUGAGUCCUGAAGCCCUGGACCUUUUGGACAAGCUGCUACGCUACGACCACCAACAGAGGCUUACAGCAACUGAGGCCAUGGACCACCCUUACUUUUGUAAGCCAGACACUUGGACAGAACACAGAAGGGGGGGAAGUUUUAUACAGUCCUUUUUACAAAAAAGUCGAAACACUCAAUUAAAUAUGGAUAAAAAGAAAAUGUUACACUUUGGGAAAUUUAUAUUUUAUUGUCAAAUGCAGUUAUCACAUUAGAUAUUUCAACAGUGAAAAUGAGGCUGCUUUUUUUACCUCUUGGUCUAUUUUGAUAUUGAUGGCAGGAAAAUGUUUAAAAAACUGUGGCAACAAAAAAACAAAAGACUAAGACAAUUGUGUAUGCUGAAAAAGAAAUAACCUGGUGUUAAUACAUUUGUGGACAACCAGUUGGCUAGAAUUAAAGCUGCAUUCCCCUAUGACAACAGUUAAAGGGAUAUUCCGUCAUAAAAUCAAGUCACGGUCAAACACACCAUAAAACAAAGUUCGCACCCCCUCGAGAGAUGAAUGUUGCCGACUGCUUGCUUCUCUAGUUAUACCAACUUUAGUAACGACCACACGAUAGCAAUACACAUCGGUCUACAUCUCCAUGUGCAAACCUCAACCAAAAAGCCACUCUGUAGUCACAAAUAAUGCACAGAACAGCACCUAACUUCAUCAACAGUACAUGUAGGGUCCCAGCCAUAGUGCUAGCCAUCAAACAUCAUUUUAGCUUUGCCUGAUUUCUUUAGCAAGGAGACCAAACACAACUCAUCCACUCUCCUCCAGCAGCCGCUUGUUUGUGGGGGAGCCCUGACAAGUCGAUCACCGAGUGCAGCGUAAAAUUUAUGAUUAUUACUUCAUGGAAAUACAAUCAGACCGAGAUGCUAAGGCAGAAGAACUACCGCAUCUGCAGUGCAAAACGAUUAUUAUGAUGAUUAUUACUUUAUGGAAAUGAGUCUUUUCUAAGCUAGUUGGGGAACUUGGAUACUAUCAGUUCUAACAGUAGAGUAAAUAACAAGAUUGACAUCAAUCUAUUGCUGCAAUGCCAAGUAUUGCAUAACAUUGCAGCACUCCCUGAAGUGUAAAGCAUACUGUAUGUACGGGUUGCUUUUCCAUUAACUGCUCUUGUGGUCCAUUUCAGUGCCUUAUCUGGGCAAGCAUUAGCAGUUUUCAUCUGGACUCUAAAAUGUUGGUUUGACAAUUACAUUAUUUAAGGAUGUCUUCUGUGAGCAUUCAUGCAAGGACAACUACGGACCAAAUCUCUGCUUCACUCAGAACAUGCUUAUGACAGCAAGACAAUAUCAAACCACAUUCUGUGCAUGUAAGAGCAGGACUUUGUGAUAGGAGUCUGGCUAGACCGGCUGCUCUGCCGUCCUUAUGUGCCCGCUUUUGAGAAUGAAUCAUAAAAUAUACAGUGUAAAAGUAGACCCUGAACUGUUGAGCAGCUAAUAAGCUGUAAUUUAAUCUUUUAACUUUUUUUUUUUUUUUUUUUGCAUUUCAAAAAUGUGUCCUUUUUUGUUGUCACUGUUCCAACUUUUGAAAAACAUGUCGCAGGCAUUAAAUUAGAAAUGGGCAUGUUCUCAAAACAAGCAAGUUUCAUUUUUCAAUUUAAUAUCUUUCUACUUCAAUUAAUGUUGGGGUUUUAAGCGUUUUGCAAAUAAUUAUUAAAUUUUUAAUUUUGUACUUUUUUGGAACGAGAAUGAAGUUGACUUCUGGCUAUUGUUAUAUAUGAUUGUUUUUCAUUUGUUUUUUUGAGAGGUUGAGGUUCCAAAUAGUUAAAACUAUAUAUAGCUAAACUAUAUUUAAGAAAUUCUUUAAAUGUGUUACUCUCUCUUCCUUUAGACCCAGUAAUAAAGGAGCACUCUCUGCCCAACUCUGACAACAACAUGGUAUCCAGUGGCAACACAACAGCGCGAUGAAAUACAGGUACAGUGUAAAGAGAGAUUUAGUGGUUUCAGCCUUAUCUGACCUUUUUUUUUUUUUUUUUAAUAAAAACUGUUUCUCUAAUUCCAAAAUUUGUGUUAUUGACAUUUUAAGUCACUACAUUGAUAGAUUUAAAAUGCCCAGAUUUUACCCACCCAGACCAGUAAGUCUGAAGUGGACAUAGUCAGUGUCAGUCUGAUUCUUGGGCCUAAUAAACCAGCCAGGAACCUAACAUACAUUAUUUUGACUCUUAAUCCUAGCUAAAUCCACCCCCCAAAUCACAUUACUGUCCUAUGGAAAAUAAGAUAGGCUGUCAAGCACAAGACCAGUCAUGAAUAAAUGGGUAAAAAAUUGAAAUACAAACAGUGACUCUUGAUGCUGCGAGUAACAGCGUUUCUUUAAGUUUCUGAAGUCAGUCACUGAUUUGGGCCAAAAGCCCUUUUUACUACAAGUUUGUCUGAAAUGUCUGUUAUAUGUCAUUUGAAUCUCUGUAAUUUUGUCCUCUCUUUCCCAUCUUUUACUCUCUUUGUCUCUACAGAAGUGAAAAAGAAGGAUUUCUGUUACCUCCACUUUGUGCCCGGUUGUGACAGUAACUUUAAAGUGUACAGUGGCAAUGGAUCAAAGUAAUUCUGACAAGUUACACACUCAAAGAUAUGUGCAUACAAAUAAACACAUACACAAAAAAACUUACAGGUCAUUGCAAGCACACCCUUUCUGCAAACACACAUGCAGACAGGUAUACAUAUACCCUCCUCUGUAUCAGAUCUGCAAUUUCCCUGGUUUGUUGUCUCACAUCCAGAAUAAUGGGCCAGAUGCUGCUCCCCUAUAUUCCCUCAAAUCAUCUUUCCCACCGACAAGGACAAAGUACUUUUAAAAGCAAUUUAGCCCCUUCUCUCUCUCUCCUCCUCUUCCUCCUUUUUUUAUUUUUUGCAGUGGCAUGGAGAAUGAACAGAAGUGUGUUAAAGCCUUUAUACUAUCCCCUGAUCCCAUACCUGCACCUGUUUAUCCAUGGGUCUGUCUGUCCCCUAACACCUUCCUACCCUGACCCACAGCAGAUGGACAAUCUACUCCAGUACUGAAAGUGGCAUGGUGGACUUUAAAUACCAGGAUGAUAAUACUAUUAAUAUUCAUGGAAAAAUAAAUAAUUUUUAUUUAGAUGAACUUGUCCUGUGUCCAGAUUUACUGUGUAUUUGAUGUUCUGAGUCAGUGACUUUAGCUUAUUUCUUUAAAAUUUGCUAAAGUUACUUGGUAGCACUGGUAAUUCAUUCAAGUCAGUGUAGUUCACAGGAAAGUUAGCUCAUAUUUUCUCUUGACACACUUUGUUAAUAACAUGAUAACACAAGGGUAUUACUGCUGUGACAUUUCUCCAACAAAAAUGAGGACACUGCCAUUACAAAUGACAUAAUUACAGAUUGCAUUAAAGUUUUAGAAAAAAAAAGGUUUAUUUUGAUGCCUCCAAGUUCAACUUCAAAUUCAUAAAAGGGAGAUUUUUCAGUGAUUUAUUGCAUGAGUUAGCCUUGCUUUAGCACUAAACCAUAACAUAUUUAAUUGAAACAAUAUGCAAGGCAUAAAUAAUCCAUCAUACACACUCAUGUUCCUUGUUACAACUUAGAAUAGCUAUUUAUCACAAGAAUCCUGUUAAAUGAAAGAAAUGUGUAUGAGGGUAACAAUGUGACGUGCUGAGAGGUGCUAAUUUUAAUCUUACAGCAGCAUCAUGUCUGUCGUGCUCAUGACUCUUUCAGCAGUAUUGUUCGGUACUUUUAUUUUCUUUCUUUCACCUGUGGGUAUAAUGUCUUAUAGCUCAGUACCGCCACUAACUUCAUUCUCUAAAAAGAUGAAUUUUGAUUCAGCGCUUGACAAACACUGAAAAUAACAAAUUACAGCUUAUUUGAAUCCGAAUUAUCACACGUGUUCAGCCAAACACUGACUCCUGCAAAAGCUUGCAUGUAAACAGUAAAAACUACCCACUUUGUUACACCCUCUACCUUUGACCUCAGCCUUUUACAAACAAACACACCUGCUAGAAACAUAACUUUAUGACUACAUUUUUCCAAAUGAAGUGCACGGACAUUUCACCAUACAACAUGUUCUUUGCAAUUGCACAGUGCAAUAGGACAACAAUAAAAAGAAAAGAUCAUACACUGAGACUCUGGACCACGCAUUAUGACUGAUUAGUUAAUAAACAAACUUUUGAAAACUUAAA